AUGCAAGAGCCAACAAGGGUCGGAAUGGUUGAUGUAAGCAAUCCUGUUUCCUUCUUUACAAGAUUUGCUCCUUCUUCUCAAUUUUUGCGACCUAGGUAUUGUAGAGAUAAACCUGCUAUGGAAAUUGAAUUAUUAGAAAAAUUUGGCUUUUCAAAAGUGAUUGAUUAUAAUUACAUCACAAAGGAUUUUGAAUUAUUAGAUGAAUUACUAACAUUAAUUUUAUCUGGUAAUGAUCGUGUUAUUAAGAGUUUCGGAUAUUUGUUUAAGGCAAUUCACAAACCACGGCAAGGUGAAAUAUGUGAUGAUUUAUUCAGUAUUCUUCAUUUAUUGAAGAAAUGCACAACCGAAAGUGAUUAUCCAAGUAAAUUGAAAUGGAUCAAUGAGAAAUUACAAAGUUAUGGUCAUGCAGAUAUCAAAAGCAAACCUUCAACAUUUAAAUAUCACGGCAUUGAGUUUAAACUUCCACCAAAUUGUUUGUUAACAUGUGAAUCAGCUAAUUUAAUUGGGUUCUAUAAUGAGCAAGAAGAACUCAAUGAUGAAUUGAUUGCUAAUUUGAUAAUGUUAUUUCCAUCAAUGUUCGUUCAUGCAAUGACUGAAAGUGGAAUUACAAUACGUGAGAAUUGCUUUUGUUUUCUAAUAGAUUCAAAAGGAAAUAUGAAAUUAAUCGUGUCCUAUAUGGGGUGUCUCGAGGAUGAAAAAUUUUCUUUAAAUCAAAAUACCAAACUGUUAGAUUUGAACUCUAUCAAGGGCAUUAGUUCAACCUAUUCAUAUUUUGAUUUGUUUUAUGAUAGGUUUAGAAGGAAGGGUAAAUAUGGAAUGUUUAAUCACGAACUAGUUUUCGAUUCUUUUAGAUGUGGAUCUUUGGGCCAAUACUGUGGAAAUUAUGAGACAAUAUUGAGUGAAUUCUAUCAAUUUUUAAUGAAGAGGUAUGCUGAAAGGAAACCAAGGCAGAAAAAGAAAUUAGAAAUUAAGGAAACACCCAAUAACCAAAAGAAUAAUUCUAAUGAAAAUUUGGCGGCAUCCAAUUUAACUAAAAAACAAUUAGAAAUGAAGAAGAAUAGUGAAAAUAUUUUGAGAGAUGUAACAAAUUUUAUUAAGAGAUGAUUC